UCUUUUGUGGGGUAUUUGUUUUUUUUUGUUUUUUUUUUGUUUCCUCUGGUAUAUGAAAAAAAAGCUUUGAAAUUUUCAAUCGUCAAUGGUGUCGGACCAGGAUCUAGCGAAAGGAGUCGAGACUUUGCUUCGGCAAUCCGACCCAAGCUCUCUCACAUCGUUAAACAGUGUUGUUCAGCAGCUUGAAGCUAAGUUAGGGUUAGACCUCACGGAGAAGACGACUUUCAUCAGAGAUCAGAUCAAUAUCCUCCUCCGUGCUCAUCCUAACCCCUCAGCUGCUUCUGCCUCCGCAUCAGUCGUGCAAUCUCAGCCUCCGCCGCCGUCUUCACAGCAUCAGCAUCAGCAUCAACAUCAACAUCAGCAGCAAAAUGUGCACUCCGGUGUAAAUGUUCCGGUGGCGAAAGGGCAUUUCACGCUCCAGCAUCCGUCUCAGUUCUCGGUUUCUCAAUCCCAGCAGUAUCCUCCACAUUUCGCUCUCCAGCCUCCUUAUCAGUCUUAUGACCUAAAUUUCCGGCAGCCGUAUCCGGCUUUUAUGCAGCCGCAGCAUCAUCAGCAGCAGUCUCCGCGACAGCAAUCCUCUGUGUUGCUUUCACAAGGCGCUAAUGCUGCUCUCUCUGUUAAUCAAGCUCCAAAAGAAAGUGCUCCAGCUGGAACUAAAAGAAAGGGUGGCCCUGGAGGACUUAACAAAGUCUGUAGGGUUUCACCGGAACUUCAAGUCGUUGUUGGUGAACCUGCUCUUCCCAGAACUGAGAUUGUGAGGCAAUUGUGGGCUUAUAUAAGGAAGAACAACCUUCAAGACCCGAGUAACAAGCGGAAGAUCAUCUGUGAUGAUGCAUUGCGUGUAGUUUUUGAGACUGAUUGCACUGACAUGUUCAAAAUGAAUAAGUUGCUUGCUAAGCAUAUUCUCCCGCUUGAUCCAACAAAGGACUCUGGUCAAGCAAAACGGGCAAAAGCUGAGGUGGAGACAAAGACUGAGACCACCACGGAGCCUCUUAGUACAGUUGCUGGUAGUUCAAAUGCUACAUUAUCUGAGUCACUUUCUAAGUUCUUUGGCACUGGUGAGACAGAGAUGACAGACGAAGAGAUUAUUCGCCGUGUUUGGGAAUACAUCAAACUCAACAACUUAGAGGACCCAGUAAAUCCAAUGGCAAUUCAGUGUGAUGAAAAGCUCCGCGAACUUCUUGGAUGUGAAAGCAUUUCAGCUGUGGGGAUAAAUGAGAUGCUGAGGCGCCAUAUGUACAAGCAGUCGUGAUACCUUCUGGUCUGACUUAAUUAACUAGGAACUACUAGUGUGUAUCUAGGGAACCUACUUAUGACUACUACUGGGUGUAGAACUCUGAUAGGGAAGAAAAGAACCUUUUCACUUUUAACUUCCUUUAAUGCUAUUUUCAUCUUCUGUUGGGUUCUUUGUUUUAGUUGGUUGUGUAUGACAUGGUUAGGUUGAUAUUGUAUGUAAUAUUUUACAGUAUUUAGGAAAUCUGUGAUUUUCUACUACUGAAACUCUAGUGUAAGGGUGAAAUGGCGCAGAUAUUUUGUAUUUAACGCCAUUAACCCAUGAAUGUUGUAGGAAGAACAAAAAACUCAAUGUGUUUAUCUAUGUUUUCCCA